AUGUUGCCUGUUUUUAACAGAAUUCAUACAGUAGAACACCUCCGUGAAAAAAAUGGAGACAAUCCGUGUGGGAAAACCUUCAGGCGGAUUCCAAAUCUUACCGUGCAGAAAAGAAAUCCUCCAGAAGUAAAUCCUUUUGAAUGCUCUGACUGUGAAAAAGCCAUCAUGGAUCCCUCAUCACAUAACCACCAUGCCUGUCAGUUUAUUGCGUGUAGAGAAGCCUGUGGUGGUACCACUCCUAUGAGACCUCUUAGUGGCAAGAAACCCCAUAAAUGUGAGGUAUGUGGGAAGGAUUUCAUUUGUAUCUCAACUCUUAAGAAUCCUGUGACAACACUCACUAGUGACAAUCAGUAUAAAUGUAAUGAGUAUGGGAAAGAUUUCUAUAGUUUCUCGUCCUUUUGGACACAUGUGAGAGGUCACAACGGUGAAUAUAAAGAAAGUUCUUCUAGUGACCCUUUAUCCCUCCUUUUCUAUAACAGAGAUAAGCCCUAUGAAUGUAGGGAAUUUAGGAAAGCCUUUAAUUUUUCCUCAGCCCUCACUGCACAUUUAGGCACUCACAGUGAAGAGAGGCCUUAUGAAUGUAAGGAACAUGGGAAAGCCUUUGGUUGGCCCUCAUACCUCACUACACAUAUAACAACUCACACUGGAGAGAGGCCUUAUGAAUGUAAUGAAUGCGGGAAAGACUUUAGGCAAUCCUCAAACCUCAUUGUACAUAGAAGGAUUCAAAGUGGAGAAAGACCUUAUGAAUGUAAGGAAUAUGGAAAAGCCUUUAAGUGUUCCUCACAUCUCACUAAUGAUAGAAAAACUCACAGUGGAGACAAGCCAUAUAAAUGUACAGAAUGUGCGAAAGCCUUUAGUCAGGCUUCAUCCCUUAUUACACAUAUAAGAACUCACAAUGGACAGAGGCCUUACGAAUGUAAGGAAUGUGGGAAAACAUUUAGGUAUUCUUCUAACUUCACUUCACAUAUAAGAACUCACAGUGGAGAGAAGCCUUAUGAAUGUAAGCAAUGUGGGAAAGCCUUUAGGCAGUCCUCAGGCCUCAUGACACAUAGAAGAAUUCAUACUGGAGAGAGGCCAUAUGAAUGUAAGGAAUGUGGGAAAGCCUUUACAGAUCCCUCACACCUCACCUCGCAUAUGCGAACUCACAGUGGAGAGAGGCCUUAUGAAUGUGAGGAAUGUGGGAAAGCCUUUAGUCAGUCAGGAAACCUCACUAAGCAUAUAAGAACUCACACUGGGCAGAGGCCUUAUGAAUGUAAGGAAUGUGGGAAAGCCUUUAGUCUGCUCUCAACCCUCACUACACAUAUAAAAAUUCACAGUGGAGAGAAGCCUUAUGAAUGUAAGCAAUGUGGAAAAGCCUUUAGCAAGUCCUCAGGCCUCAUGACACAUAGAAGAAUUCAUACUGGAGAGCGGCCAUAUGAAUGUAAGGAAUGUGGGAAAGCCUUUAGUCACUCAGGAAACCUCACUAACCAUAUAAGAACUCACAAUGGGCAGAGGCCUUAUGAAUGUAAGGAAUGUGGGAAAGCCUAUCAUCAGCUCUCAAACCUCACUACACAUAUAAGAACUCACAGUGGAGAGAAGCCUUAUGAAUGUAAGCAAUGUGGGAAAGCCUUUAGGCAGUCCUCAGGCCUCAUGACACAUAGAAGAAUUCAUACUGGAGAGAGGCCAUAUGAAUGUAAGGAAUGUGGGAAAGCCUUUACAGAUCCCUCACACCUCACCUUGCAUAUGCGAACUCACAGUGGAGAGAGGCCUUAUGAAUGUGAGGAAUGUGGGAAAGCCUUUAGUCACUCAGGAAACCUCACUAACCAUAUAAGAACUCACAAUGGGCAGAGGCCUUAUGAAUGUAAGGAAUGUGGGAAAGCCUUUCGUCAGCUCUCAAACCUCACCACACAUAUAAAAAUUCACAGUGGAGAGAAGCCUUAUGAAUGUAAGCAAUGUGGGAAAACCUUUAGGCAGUCCUCAGGCCUCAUGACACAUAGAAGAAUUCAUACUGGAGAGAGGCCAUAUGAAUGUAAAGAAUGUGGGAAGGCCUUUCGUACUUCCUCUUCUCUCACAAGACAUAUAAAAACUCAUAGUGGAGGACUUAGGAAUGUAAGGAGCGUGAGAAAGCCCUUCCCUGUUCAUCACACCUCACAUCACAUAUAACA